GUGCAGUCUGAUGCUGAUGGCGGUCCCAGGUUGGCCGUCACCCUCAGAGCUGACAAUUGUUCAAUAAACUACCCGUUGGGAAAACAUGUUAUCCACGAGGUCGCCAACGUUUCCUUCAGCCAUCUGGCCUGCGAGGAUCAGGCUGCUGUCAUUGUCCACUGGUCUGCAAGUCCACUAGGGAUUGAGCACAUUAAAGGCUUCAGAGUUUACCUGGAGGACAAGAACCCCGAGGGGAAGCAGUGUCAGCACCUCCUGCUCAAAGACCCCCGACAGCUCAAUUGCUCCUACAAGAACACGAGGCUGAGCAGUCAGACGUUCAGCGGGUUGACCUUUGACACUGACUACAUGGUUCGCGUUGUUCCUUUCCCAACGCUGAUGAACGAAAGCUUCUUCCCUCCAUCCUUCCUCAGGACCAACUCGUGUGAAGUCCUCCUGGGAUCAGACAACCUGGUUUGCAAACCAUACUGGAAGCCAAAGACCCUGAACGUGUCUCAGCUGGGGUCAAACCUCCACGUGGCGUUCGACCAGGCGCCGAGCUCCUUCGGCUUCCACUUCUACUUCCUGUACUACAAACUGCGGCAGGAGGGACCCUUCAGACAGCAGCGCUGCAAACCGGAUGUGAACCAGUACAGAACUACAUGCAUCCUCAAAGACGUAACUCCGGGAACCUACACUGUAGAGCUAAGAGACGACAGUAAUACCACCAGGAGGCAGACUCAGUACCACGUGGUGUUGGACCUGUGGGAACACCUGGAGAUGUGCAAAGAAGGUCAGAUGUCGUGGCUCAGCAGACAGCUGGAUGAAUCCGACUUCAUCAUCACCAUCUGCUCCAAAGGCCUACGCUACUACGUGGAGAAGAAGAGCCGCAGAGGGAAGACGCCAGUCGGUCGCCGCAGUAACAGCUGCAGCAGCAGCAGCUCCCCAAUUGGUGGAUCAGGAAGUGACCUGUUCAUUGUGGGCGUUGCCAUGAUCGCUGAGAAGCUGCGAUUGGCGAAUCAAAGUGAAGGGGCCGGAUCUCAGGAGCUGCAGCGCUACAUGACGGUUUACUUCGACUACUCCACGGAAAACGACAUCCCCACCAUGCUGAGCCUGGCCCCAAG